ACAGAUUCAACAAAAUGCCUUUCGCCGGAGACCGGAAGCACCGCCGGAUCCUUAGGUCUACUCCUCUCCUCCCUCACAAUCUUCAUAACACCGGACAAUCUCCGGAAUCCACUUUCUCCGGCGCCUCCUUCUCCGGAGCCGUCUUCAACCUGUCAACCACGAUCGUCGGUGCUGGAAUCAUGGCCCUCCCAGCAACUCUCAAGCAGUUAGGAGUGAUUCCUGGUCUCAUUGUUAUACUUUUGGUCGGCAUCUUGACGGAAUCUUCGAUCGAUAUGAUACUUAGGUUCAGUAGAGCAUCUAAGUCCAACUCAUACUCCGGCCUUGUUGGAGACGCGUUUGGUGGUGCCGGAAGAACGCUGUUACAGGUCGGCAUUGUCGUUAAUAAUGCCGGCUUGCUCGUCGUCUACAUGAUCAUCAUUGGUGAUGUGCUAUCUGGAACAUGGUCAGAGGGGGAACACCAUUUAGGAGUUAUGCAAGAAUGGUUCGGUCAUCAUUGGUGGACCACACGUUCUGUAUUGCUGCUUCUAACAACCCUCCUUGUUUUCUGUCCUUUGAUAUCCUUCAAACGUGUAGAUUCAUUAAGAUACACAUCAGCCUUGUCGGUGGGUUUAGCAGUUGUUUUUGUGGUGAUCACAGCUGGAGUAACUGUAACUAAAUUAAUCAAUGGAAGUAUUGUAAUGCCACGUUUGCAGCCUGAGCUUGUUGAUCAGGCAUCAUUCUGGAAGCUUUUCACUACUGUUCCCAUACUGGUUACUGCCUUUAUCUGCCAUCACAAUGUUCACCCAAUCGACAAUGAGUUAAGAGAUCCUACCCAGAUGAAGUAUAUAGUUCGGCAAUCAAUCUUAUUGUGUUCCACAGUGUAUGUAGCAACCAGCUUUUUCGGAUUUCUACUCUUUGGUGAUCAUACCCAGGAUGAUGUACUUGGGAAUUUUGAUGGUGAUCUUGGAAUCCCAUACAGCUCACUGAUUAAUGAUGUGGUUAGGAUAAGCUACUGCCUCCAUCUGAUGCUUGUUUUCCCGAUUGUGUUCUUCUCGCUGCGCCUCAACCUGGAUGGGCUUUUUUUCCCUUAUGCAAUCCCUAUUGGUUUUGAUAAUAGAAGAUUCUUGAUGGUAACAAGCUUUGUGAUGAGUUUGAUUUAUGUUGGAGCAAAUUUUGUACCGAGCAUUUGGGAUGCCUUCCAGUUUACGGGUGCGACAGCGACUGUGUCGGUUGGUUUCAUAUUUCCGGCUGCUGUUGCCCUAAGGGACAGUCAUGGAAUUGCAACAAAAAAGGACAGGAGAGUGUCAUGGGUGAUGUUAAUAUUAGCUGUAUCAUCAAGCAUGGUGGCAAUCUGCAGUGACAUUUACAGCUGCUUCUUGAUUCAUUCAUAAGAAAAGAAUGCAAUCUAGAAGUGUAGAUAAGUUGUGAUGAAUGGAGGCUGCUUUGCUUUUGCUUAUCAAGUGAAGGUAUAAUUAAUUGGUGGUGGUGGAUAUGAAAUUUUGUUCCACUUGUAGCAAAAUGAUAUUUUUCCAAAAGAAAUA